AACAAACAGCGGACGUUCAACGCGGCCGUCAAAGACAUCGACUUCUGGUUAGGAGAAGUGGAAGGACUGCUCAAGAGUGAGGACUCCGGCAAAGACUUGGCGUCCGUUCAGAAUCUGAUUAAAAAACAUCAGUUGGUUGAGGCGGACAUCCAGGCCCACGAGGACCGCAUACGCGACAUGAAUGGGUUGGCCGACAGUCUUAUAGAGUCGGGUCAGUUCGAUACGGCCACCAUUCAGGAGAAGCGCUCGUCUAUUAACGAACGGUACGAGCGGGUGAAGACACUGGCGACCUACCGGCGCACUCGACUGAACGAAGCGAAUACUCUGCACCAGUUCUUCAGAGACAUCGCGGACGAGGAGUCGUGGAUCAAAGAGAAGAAGCUGUUGGUCAACAGCGACGACUACGGACGCGAUCUGACGGGUGUACAGAAUUUGCGCAAAAAACACAAACGCCUGGAGGCGGAGCUCCAGUCGCACGAGCCGUCCAUUCAGGCCGUACAGGACGCCGGCCAGCAGCUGAUGGUUGAGAGCAAUCUGGGAGUGCCGGAGAUCGAGCAGCGGCUACAGGCGCUCGAGCAGAACUGGCACGACCUGAAACGCAUGGCGCAGCUCAGGGGCAAUAAAUUGGAGGAGUCGCUGGUCUUCCAGCAGUUUUUGGCUAAAGUGGAGGAAGAGGAGGCUUGGAUUUCGGAGAAGCAUCAGCUCCUGUCCAUCGAGGACUACGGCGACACUAUGGCCGCCGUUCAGGGUUUGUUGAAAAAACAUGACGCCUUCGAAGCGGACUUCGCUGUACACCGGGAGAGGUGUGCGGACAUCAUAAACGCGGGCCAACAGCUCGUCCAGGAGGGGAACCACCACUCGGACGGCAUUCAACAGCGUCUGCAGCAACUGUCCACCCGUUUAGACGCGUUAGACGGCAGCGCCCGGCGCCGUAAGGGUAAGCUGUUGGACAACUCGGCGUACCUGCAGUUCAUGUGGAAGGCCGAUGUGGUCGAGUCGUGGAUCGCCGACAAGGAGGUACAGGUGCGCAGCGAUGAC